GCGGAGGAGGUGGAGGGAGCCGGAGGGGCCCGCCGAGGCGGCGGCGGCGGCGGCAAGAUGGCGGACUUCCUGCCGUCGCGGUCCGUGCUGUCCGUGUGCUUUCCCGGCUGCGUGCUGACGAGCGGGGAGGCCGAGCAGCAGCGCAAGUCCAAGGAGAUCGACAAAUGCCUGUCCCGGGAGAAGACCUACGUGAAGCGGCUCGUGAAGAUCCUGCUGCUGGGCGCGGGCGAGAGCGGCAAGUCCACUUUCCUGAAGCAGAUGCGGAUCAUCCACGGGCAGGACUUCGACCAGCGCGCGCGCGAGGAGUUCCGCGCCACCAUCUACAGCAACGUGAUCAAAGGUAUGAGAGUGCUGGUGGAUGCUCGAGAGAAGCUUCAUAUUCCUUGGGGAGAUAAUGCAAACCAACUGCAUGGAGACAAGAUGAUGGCUUUUGACACCCGGGCCCGCGCGGUGUCCCAGGGAGCGGUGGAGACGCGGGUUUUUUUGCAGUACCUUCCAGCUAUAAGAGCGUUAUGGGCAGAUAGUGGCAUACAGAAUGCUUAUGACCGGCGUCGAGAAUUUCAACUGGGUGAAUCUGUAAAAUAUUUCCUGGAUAACUUGGAUAAACUUGGAGAACCAGACUACAUUCCAUCGCAACAAGAUAUUCUGCUUGCUCGAAGACCCACCAAAGGCAUUCACGAGUACGACUUUGAAAUUAAAAAUGUUCCUUUCAAAAUGGUUGAUGUCGGCGGUCAGAGAUCAGAAAGGAAACGUUGGUUUGAAUGCUUCGACAGUGUGACAUCGAUACUUUUUCUUGUUUCCUCCAGUGAGUUUGACCAGGUGCUUAUGGAAGAUCGACUGACCAAUCGCCUUACAGAAUCUCUGAACAUUUUUGAAACAAUUGUCAAUAACCGGGUUUUCAGCAAUGUCUCCAUAAUCCUCUUCUUGAACAAGACAGACUUGCUUGAGGAGAAAGUGCAAAUUGUGAGUAUCAAAGACUAUUUCCUAGAAUUCGAAGGGGAUCCCCACUGCUUAAGAGACGUCCAAAAAUUCCUGGUGGAAUGUUUCCGGAACAAACGCCGGGACCAGCAGCAGAAGCCCUUGUACCACCACUUCACCACUGCUAUCAACACGGAAAACAUCCGCCUGGUGUUCCGGGACGUCAAGGAUACUAUUCUUCACGACAACCUCAAGCAGCUCAUGCUACAGUGAUGUACAGAAGACUCGCUCUUUAAUAUCUCUUUGUGUUUUUGAUUGUUUUCUGUUUGUUUUGUUUUUUUAAAAUAGCAGUUUACAUCAGGAAUUAGAAAAAGAUCUUGAUUCUGUGUUUAACUUCUUUGGAAAUCUUAGUCCUUCUGUGGCCUUUGGUGUGUGGCUCUAAGCUGCUGAUAACACAUCGCCAGUAUCUGCUGACAUGCAGGCUGUGAUCAGUUUCACAGUGACCUCUGUGGGCGCUCAGUGGUGGCCUCCUGGCCAACCUCAGACUCGUUACAUUUCAGGCUUUGUUCUUCUUCCACUUUUCAAAUGAAUUCUCCUGUAGUGCCAAGGAUAGACGGUAUCCUUAAAUACUUGUAGGUGUGAGGUUAGGAUAUUUGGUUCUAGAGCAAGCGAGCUCUCCAGCCUGCCUUACACGUGGCAGUGACAGUGGGUGCCUGGCUCCGUGAUGCCCUCCUGUUUUGAAAGGUUCUGUUGGAACACUGCCCUAAGUGAGGAAUGGCAGUCUGUAGCUUUGCAUGGGUUUGGCCGUCUUGUUGUUCAGAUUGCGUAUGUAAACGAGUUUCUGAAGGCAGUGCUGUUAGUGUGUGCACGUUUACGUGAGGAUCUCUGGUCUGAUGCUAAGGAGGAUGCUGCCAGGGAAUGAAAGGUAAGCAAAUACCACAUGGAAGGUUUCAGUCAAAGUAAUGAGUGCAGUGCAGCUUGCCUCUGCCCUUCUGUUAGCGUGUGGUUUGAUGUGCCAGCUACGAAACACUGUGGCCAUCACAGCAACUGAAAAACGCAGACAGCUUGGUGACAGAACCUGCUCAAUACACAUACCUGUUCCAGAAUGUCGUGUGUGUCGCCUUUAAACCCUUCCCAGUUAACGUUGGGCCCCACCGUGGGAAGUCACUGCUGUGUCCUCACCAUCGUCCAUCUUCUUCCUCCCGUUCGUCCCCAGCAGCUCCAAGCCAGCAUUCAUGGGAUUCUUUUUUCUUUUGGCUUAUCUGGAGCUUGCCAAGAGCAAUAUUUUCCUGUCAACCUAUUCAAGAAGGCAUUUGAGACUCUGGUCCAUGCUUGGUGUGUCUGUAAAAGACAGUGUGUACAUGUUUGUGAUUAUUGUUUAUGAGAUGCCAGCUUUAUUGAGGUACAUUCCCAAUGUUAAGGCUACGUCUGAGGGUAGGUAGUGAUGUUUUCAGUUCACACCUGAAGGUGGCCACCUUUAACCCCUAGCUCCACUGCGAAGGGCUUUGUGAUCACAGACACCUUGACAUUGAGCCCCCCAGGGUGGCCGGUUUGCAGUGCGGAAAACACUGCCGAGUGGGCUGUGUGUGAAGUUAGCUUUGGAAUAGAGAAACAAAUGCCCAAGUCUGCCAGUUUUUCACGGGAAUGGUGAUCAUGACUGUGAUACUGUCGCUGUAGCGCACAGCUGACUGUUCUCAGGUAUUGUUCAGCAUUAGAGACCACACAGCUUUCCCGAGUCACGGCUCUUGUUCUGUCUUGCUGUCAGGGAUGAGGAGAGCUCUUCCGUGAGCCAACCAGGGACCGUUCUUGGCAUAGCUGACUUCUCUGGUGUGGGAAGCUCCUCGAUGAUCAUUCUGUCCACAUGUUUUGCAGUGUUUUCAUGCCUUGGUAAUACAGAAGCUGCAGACUUGUAGCCCGACAGUAUAAUGCAGCUGUUCAUAGUAUAUAUCAUGCAUGUUUGAAUAGUUCUACAUCUAGUGCUUCUUGCCAAAAAGAAUACAUUGUUUGAGUUCAUAAGAUUAGCUUGAUUUCAAUAGUAACGAAUUUCUGAAUUUGUACACGGUCACAUUUGGACUGUUCGGUGGCCAAUCCAUUUGUAAAUCGAGCAGAUAGUUUCUUGAAUGGCCAAAACAUUUAACUCCCAUGAAGGUUAAAGUCAGUUCCUUGUAGGAAGAGGACCCAUAGUCUUAUUUAUAUUAUGUGUGUGUUGGGAGUCAUAAAUACUGCCUGACAAAGCAGAAAUCACCAUCUUGACUACCACCAAGAAGUGUUAAAGCACCAAAAAUUAGGCAUUAUUUAGGGGCUUUUGCAAAUGUUCUUCCCUGAUGUGUGUGCAGAAUUACCAUUGUUUUAAACUUCAGACUAUAUUUUGAGGCAGUGAGUCACAUGUACUUAAUGGAAGCAGGCUUGUGGGAGCAUUCAGCAGGACUGUGCGUUCGGUCUGGACACUCUUGGUCCAUUUUCUGUGCUGUGUUUUCCUGUUGGAAGGAGCCUUACCCAUAUCAUGAUAACCAGAUGCUUUUGAAGUACUGCUCUGUGAAGGAGGAGAGAAUGUACUGAACAGAAUGAAAAAGGUGCUUAUAAUUCUCACUAUGCCAGUUUGCCCCCAAUCUCUUUUAAAAAAAAAAAAAAAAAGGAAUUUAGAUGUAGACUUCUUUGAUGUGUGAUUUUCUGAAUCCUUGUGGUUUUGGAUUGGAAUACAAUGUGCCUAACUCCGUGUUCUGGUUGUCUGUGAACCUGCGUGCCUUCUCAGUUCUGGAGGGACAGCACCCCCGUGUUUGUGGCCCCAGAAGAAGCGGAUGAUACCACAGUUGCGUACGAAUCCAGCAGCAGCACAACCGUAGACCUUAGUUUAAUGGGGAGUGGGUUUUGUCAGAUGUUUUUGUUCUGCUUUCCUUACAAGAACAUUGGCGUGACAUAGAGAAGGUCCUCUGGUCUCAUGUUGGGGCUCUUUAGGGAAGUCCUUGCUCAGUCAUUGGCAGUGCCUUGUUUAAAGAAGGAAAUAGCAUCACCUUAGUACCUUGAACUUCAGCAAAAAUCCUCUGCCCUGUAGCUUUUUUUGUAAAAGGAGAUGGCUAAAUCUUAACUUUUAAUGUAUACCCAAAUACUUGUAUUUAUGCUUUUGGUAAAAUGUAUUUUCAGCAUUAAUACACAUAUCGGUUAUGCCUUAUUUAUUUGAAGAAUAAAGUUACCAACUUACGCUGUUAUGUCCUGAAACUUAAAUCAGUAUUUGAGAAACCCUCCAAUUGGUGCUCUCAUUAUAUAAUGAUAUAUUUAGACAAAACCCCAAACCAAGCCAUUUGAAAUAGGAUUCGCUCCAUUGCAAUUUGUAGCUAUGUUAUUUCUGUUAUGCAGUGAGAAGGCUGAAUAUCAGUGUUAACUCUUAAUUUCUUGUUUGAAUCCAUGAAAUCAUGCUUGUUAAACCCAAACAUCUGUAACAAACUCCCUAAUAAAUCCAGACCAAGUCACUGUUAGCUUUUCCUUCCUUUUAUUUGAGGAGUUUUUCCCUGGGCCAUACGACUUAGUUCCUUGGUCUCUGUUUCCGUCAUUCCAAGGUUAAGUUCCUGCCAUCACAGGGGGUCUGUGCUUGUGCUACUUUACUCAAGUACUGUGUUGUUUUCAAUGCUGGAUACAGGUUAGCUUCUCAGUCAAGUAAAUGCGAGGCGGGAGAGAUGAGCAGGUGUGGACGUGUCUCCGUGUUCCGGAUAAAGCAGAUCAGAGGCCAUAUUCAUUACGGUACGAGGUUAGGGCUUGGUAAAUGUAUACUAUAAUUGAAGUGUGCGUCUGACCCGAAUGUUUCAUACUAGUUGGACUGUUUAGGCUUUUUCAAAUACCAUCAGACGGGAGCCUUCGGGCAGCAGCAGUAGCAUCAUUUGCAAUGCAGUGUUUGUGCCACACACAUUCUUCUGCCUGUACCUGAAUGUAUGCUUAACCUUUAAAUGAAUAUGUUCAGAUCUGACCAUCAGGUUUCAAAUAUAUGCCAGAGCUUAUGUGGAGCAUUGAUUGUUUUUUAGAGCAUUAAUGAUACGGCAAUAUUUUCUGGGUUGGUAAGAGGUGUUUGUGACGUGUACAAAUCUGCUGAUUGUGAUGACAAUAUACAGAUGAAUCAAACAUGCAGAGACCUUCUAUGCAUCAAUCUGCAGUCAGUGACUACCACUGGCAGUGAUGUACUACUAGGUAUGUGACUUUGGCUUGUGUAGAAAGCUUAUUUAUACUCUUUUUUUUAAUACUAUUUCUUGCCAUGGUAAGUGAUGAAUUUGUCCUCAGUCAUGCCUGUUUGCUGGUACCAGGCAAAAAGGGGAUGGGAUAAGGGUCAGUUCUUGCAAAGUCUUUGUAACAAUGCAACCAACUACGCCAUUUGCCCUUUCUUUACCUCUUACUUGAAAGCAGAAUCGCAAAAUGUCUUCAGUGGCUUUGCUGUUAUUACGGUGAGAGCUCAUUUACCACAAGAAGCCUUAUCAGAAAGUAUAUUUUGUGACAACCUCGUAGAUGUUGUACCUAACAAAACAUGACUUGUAUUAGCUCUGUAUAAAAGUUACUUGUGGCUUAGGAGUUUUUACUUAUAUCUUUUUAUAACUUUCCAGGAACUAAGCACAUUAUCUGAUACUGUAAAUUUUAUUUUGUCAGUGCUGUAGUUCAGGAUUGGCAAUAAAUUAUUUCUAAAGGCGGUCUGAAAGUGGAAAGAAUGAUUUGAUUUUCUAAUAGGAGUUGCUAGUGCAUUAAGGCUUUUUACUUUUGUACAUAUUUUGCAAAAAUUUUGCCUCUUGCUAUUAAUAUUGCUUUGUAAAAAUUACUGACAUUUAAUAAACAUUUACAAAUGA